AUGGUAUCCCUCCUACCCGUAUUUGAUCGACCCGAGUAUCGAAACAUCCGUACGUGUCUUUUUCUUGGAAUGGGGUUGUCGGGUGCGGGCCCCAUUUUUCAUAAACUUGUUUGGUUUUGGAAUCAACCGGAAGCGGUGUAUACGACUGGAUAUGAGAUAUUGAUGGGGACUUUUUAUGGGAUUGGGAGUUUGCUUUAUGCAACGAGGAUACCCGAAAGAUGGAUGCCCGGGAAAUUUGAUAUUGUUGGGAAUAGUCAUAAUUUGUUUCAUGUUUUGGUGGUGGCAGGAGCUUAUACGCAUUAUAGGGCGGGGUUGGUGUAUUUGAGGUGGAGGGAUAUGGAAGGGUGUUGA